AUGCACUCCCUUUUCUCCUUUGCCUCAUUGGCACUUCUGGCCUCUACGGCCUCCGCCCUGUGUCCAACUGACAUUCGCAUCCAAUCUUCAAACCAGGUCGCCAUUGCCUACAACGCUCAAGGCCUUGGUAACUCAGCACGAGAGUUCGAGAAGGUCCCGUGGGGUUCUCCAAACCGCGCUGGCACAUGUCUCACAACCAUCAUCCCUAAUGGCCUUGGCUGUGCUAUCCCGGUUGCAACCACGGGCGCUGGUACCUACCAAUUUGCUGUCGAAACCCGACAAGUCUUCAAUCAAUUGAACGUCACCGAGAUCGUCCCAUUCAACAACGGAACCGUUUUGCUCAGUGUCGAAAUCAGAGUUGGUGCCCGCGAGUUUGUUCCUCUUCCUGUCACCUUCCACGGAUACGUCUACAUGGACUACAACGAUGACUGCCGCAUCUACUCUGCACGAGCUUAUGCCGACGUCCCAACCUCUGUCCUCGGACAGCUUGUUGCCAUCGGUGCUCCAGGCGGUGGCCUCGGCCCUGUCUGCCAGCAGCUCCCUAUUGGAGGUCAGAAGCGUGACGCGACCUUGUUCUCGGCAUAG